AUGUUUUCAAACACUAACUUUGAUCAUAAAUUUGGUAUAUGUGCGAUGGGGAGUUAUAAAAUGAGUGAAAAAUAUCACCCUUAUAGUUCAUCUGAUAAAGAAAUAAAAAAAAGAUCCAAUAAAUAUAAUAGUUCUAUUUAUGAACACUUUUUUAAAUUUAUAGAUUCGAAUGAUAAGAAUUUAAUUAAAAUGAAGUAUGUGAGAUUAUCUUGCCACAAAGAAAGUGAAAUAGAUUGGUCGUAUGUCGCAGAACAAAAAAGGAAAAAAGCAGAAACACUUGCACUUGCUAUAUCAAAACCUUUUAGUCAAGGUGUAUCAGAGGAAUUAUUAAUAGAUUUAGUAAUCAAAAAAAAUCUUCCCUUCAACUUAACAGAGGAUGAGAGAUUUAAAAAUUUUAUUUCAUCGUUAAGACCAGAGUUCAAUUUAGUUGGUGGAGAUACUAUUAAAAAUAGAAUAAUAAAAAGAUAUGAUGAUCAAGUUGUACAACUCAGAGAGUAUUUCAAGACUAUGGAUUCCAAAAUCAGUUUCUGUUUCGAUAUCUGGAGUGUCAAGGAUAUCUCUUUUUUGGGUGUAACUGGUCAUUGGAUCGAUAGUCAAUUUAAAGCUAGAAAGUGUUUGUUAGGAAUGGAGAGCCUAAAAAGCGAUAAAACAGAAAAGUUUGAUAUCUCCAAAAAGAUAAUGUGCACCACUUCUGACAACUGCUCGAACAACCACACUACAGUGGAGAACAUUGUCAAAAACCAAGAUCCUUCCAAUGAUUACAAAGGAUUCCAGGGUGGACAUAUUUUAUGUUUAAACCAUGUGAUUAAUUUAGGAGAUAAAUCAACGAAAUAUCUUUUCGAUAAAAUUCACUCCUAUGGUUCAAAUUUAAGAAACUCCAGUAACCAAACAGAUGCUUUUUUUGGAAUUUUCGAAAUUCUAAAAACUGAAAAGAAGGACAGGUUAAAGCCAAAAGUAUUGAACCCAAUCCGUUGGUCAUCUGCUUUUCAGAUGACUAGUAGAUUCAUCAGGAUCAAAGAUGCAGUUGAUUACGACAUUAAAUAUAAGAUUACGAAACAUGAUAUCCAUCUCACUACCGAUGAAUGGGAUAUCAUCAAACAAAUCAAUAAAUUCUUGGAUGGUGUGGAUUUUAUUACUUUGGCAUUACAAGGAGCUGAUGUUAAUCUGUCUUGCAGUUUACCUGUGUAUGGUCGGCUCUUGGACAUUGGAGAGGAAUGGAAAACCAAUAAGAUUCUCAAGACUGCUGCUGAAGCCUUUUGGAAAGAAAUAGAUGGUUACUAUACAACACUUGAUUAUGGAAUAGAACCAUUUUAUAUCUCAACUUUUCUUGCACCAUUCACCAAAUUAGAGGUAUUUAAAAGUGAAUUUUGGAAAGAUUAUUGGAAUAACAUAAACAAUUCAAUUGAAUCAAUUUAUACUAAAUAUGGAGGUACUAAGGGAAAUAAAACCAGUAUAGAAUCAGUCAAACCAGAGAUGGAUAGAAUGAAGUUUAUUUUAUCCACUCAAAAGAUAAUUAUUGUUGAACAAAAUGAGAAUGAAUUGUCAAAAUAUAAAAAUCUACCAACUACAUUCUCAAAUGACUCAUUGCAGUAUUGGAAAGAGAAUCAAAUUGAGUUCCCAGUUCUAUCUAGGAUUGCUAGAGACUAUCUCGCCAUUCAAUGCACAUCUACACCUGCAGAGAUUGAAUUCCGUUACAGCUCUGACAUGCUCACUAAAAAUAGGUGGUCUCUUGGGAAAACAGUUAUCAAAUCACAAAAAAAACAAUUUAUAUUAAGAAUGAAGAUUAUAAUUGAUUUAACAAAGGAAAACAAGUAUACAGAAGAAAUCAUUGAUCUCACAUAUGAAAUCAAUAACAACAGCAAUAACAACAACAUAAACAACAACAUCAUCCAUAUAAAUCAAUUCCAACUUAAUUUAAAGAGGAAUCUUAUGAUUUAUAUCACUGAUUUGGAAGAUUAUAUUUUCAACAAAAUAUUAGAAAAUAAAAAAAAUAAAUUUUCAACAUUAAUUACAUAUUUUACUUUUUCGCGUCUCACCAGCAGAUUCGAAUGUAAUUUAUGUGAAUGUUUCACAAUUUCAUUAUCAAACAAAAAGGUUGGACAUUGUGCAACCUCUCAUAUUAAUGCUAAUUCGAAUCUAUUUUCUGAGUAUUGGUACGAAGUGAACUCGCCCAUCGACAUAUUCGCACGAAAAUACGUUGGACGUUGGUUUGCAGUGUUGAUCGACAUUGCCGGAAUCAGUACCACCUUCAAUGUCGCCACCGUUUCAUUCAACAAUAUGUACAGAAUUCUCUACUCCAUUGGAAAAGCAAACUUGCAUCCCUCCUUUAAUAUUCUGGCACGAACCAAUCCUCGCUUCAAAACACCGGUGGUUUCCAUCAUUUUCUUUACUUUGACACAAUUCAUUUUCAUGGCGAUUAUCGGUGCUAUCUUUGGAUUUGUAAAGACGAAAGGAUCUUGGGAAGCAUAUGGUUAUCUCUCGUACAUCGGAACACUGCCAUUGAUCAUUGUGUUUAUCAUUACCAAUAUCGCUGUGAUUCCCUACAUGAAGAACAAACACCCUGAGGACUACAGUGUACUCUAUCAUAUGGCACUGCCGAUAUUCUCAGCGGUGUUGUUCAUCAUUGUGUUGUUUGGAAACUUCUAUCCAACCUAUCCGGAACCACCUUACACCUACCUCUUGAUUUUCUUGGCAGCUGCAAUGGGAUUCGGUAUCGUUUUAGGAUUGGCACUAAAAACAAAGAGAGGAUUGUUCGAAAACAUGCUUUACAUGAUUCAGAGUGGUGGCGAAGAAUCGAUUACCGAAAAGAAUAAUAACAUUCAAUAA